GUUACAUGUAAUCCCUGCAAUCUUAUCAUGGCGUCUCAAGUCGCCUCAUGCUGCAACAAGUCACUUCAAUUCACGAGCGUGUUGUAGCCGAUAUCUUACAUUCCCAUAGCGCCAGUCGAAACUGCAUUGCUAUACACACUUUGAAUCUAUUAGACAACUCUCUGCUGCAGCCAAACACCUUCCGCAAACACUUCAUGAGCCACACGUGCUUCUCCUGAGCUGUCACCCUGCUCAUGCAGAACUAGCUCCCUUUCAGAUGCAGAUACAGAUGACGAUACUCGAGAAUGAGCGAUGAUGCCUCGCCGAGCUCUACGGCGCCGAAUGAAGCUUCCACGGCCGAACCAGUCAAUGUUUCAUCCGGCAGCCGUGUCACAUGGAAUCUACCACGCGAGCAUUCGAGAUCAGCUCGGUCGCGCGCCCAGUUGCACCCUCAGCGUCGCAAGAAGAAGAAAAGCAGGAAGAAGCGCAACCCUGGAUUAGCGAGAAAGUUGGAAUUUGUCACACAUUUGCUCAGGAGUCUUGAUACCCUGGUUUUCGCGGAGCUGAGUGGACUGUACUAUAUGGAGUGCUCAAUGUUUCGAUUCAUCCUGAGAUCUGUUGGCCAGUACUUAUAUCUCACGCCGAAGGAUGAGUCAUUUCCUUUCUUAAUGCCUGCGAGUCCCAUACAUGUGUGUCUCGUUCUCAUUCCUAACAUCAUCUGCAUACUUCUGCAUAUUUUUGUUUCUCUGCCUGUCGGUCCUGACUACCACCGAGGCUAUAUGCACGGUGGCCUGGUCAUCGACUUCAUAGGGCAAAAGCCCCCCACUUCUCGCAUUUACUAUGUUCUAGCAGAUGUCAUGAUCCUCGCCGUUCAAUGUCUAAUGCUGACGGUCCAUACUGAGCGGGAGAGACUGCGGGUGACUCUUAAGACCUUCCGACCUAUGGUGCCUGAUGUGGCUCAGGAGAUGGUUCCUACCAUAGAAGAUCUGGAUGCGGAAGAGCGUGGAGUAUCAAGGGACAUGCCCGGCUCAUUACCAGCUGAUGAGGAGGACGGCAUCGAGUUGCAACCCUUGCGACGUACCAGUACAACUGAGGAGGCCAACUCAACGUCGGGAGAAUCAGAGCCGUCGGCUAGAGAGCCACUCAUCGAUGAACCAACACGGUCACAUCUGUCUGAUGUCCUGAGUUCCGGAAAUGCGAUCAUCGGCGAAUAUCAUGUUCUUCACUCACUUCACAAUGCAGCGUUGAAUAUUGAGAGAACAGCCGCAUAUUCUCUCCGUACAAUUAGCUAUGGAGCAACUAUGGCUUCCAUUGAAGCGCGGAGACGAGGCCUCAAUGUGCCAGCUCGAACAGUUCAGAACGAUAGACAAUGAUAUCAAUUUAGCGAGUUUGGAUAAUUUUCA